AUGCAGAAGGCUUAUGAUAGGGUUGAAUGGAAAUUCCUCAGGAAGACUCUUACAAGCUUUGGCUUCAAUCAACAAUGGAUUGAGACAGUUAUGUUUUGUGUUGAGAACACUCAACUCAGUAUCUUGCUCAAUGGUACCCCUCAAACUUUCUUUAAACCAACUAGAGGUUUACGUCAAGGGGACCCCCUCUCUUCCUAUCUUUUUGUCCUUUGUGCAGAAGCUCUAUCAACCAAAUUAGCUUUGGCUCAUCAGCAAAAUAGUAUUAAGGGCAUCCAAAUUUGCAGAGGUGGACAAAAAUUAACUCAUAUGGCGUUUGCUGAUGACCUCAUUUUCUUUGGGGAGGCUACAAUGGCAGAAGCAAGAGCUAUGAAUGAUGUCCUUGAGGUUUAUUGUAGGUUCUCAGGUCAAACUUUAAAUAUUAAUAAAUCUAGAGCCCAGUUCAGCCCCAAUGUGAGCUCUACAACCAAACGACAAUUGAGAGAAUUCUUCCAAAUUUCUCCUACCACAUCUUUGGAUACGUACUUGGGUAUCCCCUUUGUCAAUGGAAAGCUUUCUAAGCGGCAUUGUGAUAACCUGGUAUCUAGAGUAUCUCAGAAGCUUCAACAUUGGAAGACUCAGCAUCUCAGCCCUGCUGGUAAAAUCGUUCUGGUGCAAUCUACUCUCUCUGUCUUACCUCAAUACAGCAUGUCUUGCUUCAAGCUUCCAGUCUCUGUUCAGAAGACAUUGGACAGUAUAAGCAGAAGAUUCUACUGGUCUAAUGGAGUUAAUAAUCAAGUUCCUACUAUAUCUUGGAAUACUAUCGGCAUGCCUAGGCGAGUGGGUGGACUCAGUAUUAAACUUUCUUCUCUUAUGAACACUGCCCUUCUCGCCAAGAAACGUUUGGAACUGCUUACAUUUGCCUCAUCAUUAUGGGUGCAACUCAUGAGGAAGAAGUACUUCCCUUCAACCAGUUUCUUCCAUGCCAAAUGCCCCAAUUCGUCUUCAUGGGGGUGGAAGUCUGUUUACUCUAGCAAAGAGUUUCUCGUUAAAGAUCUCUUGAAUCAGCGUGGAUUUAACAUGAAUCCUUUGUGUGCUUUAUGUCAAGAACACGCCCAAUCUGCAAACCAUCUAUUCUUCGAUUGUCCACUCAUCAAAGGAAUUUGGCAACAAAAAGGGCUUAUCUCCUUAUUCUCAUCUCAAGAUAUUGGAGCAGGAAUCAGAGCAGUAGCGAAUCUCCCCAAGGAUUCUAGCAGGGAGGACAGGUUGAAGGCAUCUCUUUUCUGCAGUAUCAUCUGGUUUAUCUGGAACGGUUACUGGGACCUUAUUUUUAGACAGAUGAAUUUCAAUCCUCGACACAUCAUUCUGCGAGCCAUUGCUCAUUCAAGGGAACACAUGCAACUUUCCAGGCCUAAAGGUACACGAGACACUCAAUGGGUUAGUUGGAUUCCUCCCCAAUAUCCGUUUGUCAAGUUCAACGUCGAUGGAGCUAGGAAGGGUAACCCAGGUCCUGCAGGCAUUGGGGGUGUUUGUAGAUCCGAGACUAGUGUUGUGGUUUGUGGGUUUUCUCAAGGUAUUGGUUUCUCCUCUGCUUUGAUAGCUGAAGCCUUGGCUAUUCGCCGAGCGAUGCGACUUGCUAUUGAAAUGGGGCAUUUAUAUCUUAUCAUAGAAAGUGAUAAUCUCCUGCUCACCCGCAUUCUCUCUGGUGUCUCCUCAUCUAUUCCUUGGCGAGUCAAGCAUAUUGUGGAAGAUUGCAGAGCUCUUAGUUCUUGUUUUUUGGAUAUUUCCUUUGUGCACUCUCUUAGGGAGGCUAACGCUGUGGCGGAUACCUUAGCUUCGUUGGGAGCUUCCUUUCAACAGAACUUGUACUGGCAGGGUCCUCCUCCUUCUUGUAUUUUUCUUUCCUUGUUUGCUGGUUUGUCUGGGAUUGUUUUCCAACGUUAA